AUGAAGUACGCAUUCGUCGUUUUCAUGUCUGUUGUAUACAUUUUAAGGUUUACUUUUUCAGAUAUGAGAUUUGUAAAUUAUUCUAUUAUUUCCUUUGCAAAUGGGGGACCAAGAAGAAAAGCAUGCGCACAAGCAUACGAUGAUAACGAUUACUUCGCUGUGAAAAUUGAUGACAUCAAUGGGUCUUGUGAGGGAUUGACGUGGGCCUGGGGUAGUGACCAACAAUUCGAACCGGGCUAUUCAUACCUAAUGAAGAAAGAAACAGUUGAAAUCUAUCAGCCGUCGUUAAAGGUUUCAACUGGUUUUCAAUGGUUGAUACCUGGGACGUUUAGUGUUGGAGGACGGUUAGAUAUUUAUAUAUCUGUGCCGAUAGGCAUCGACUGGCAAGGUUUUGAAAUUAACGUCGCGAAUACAACAGAGUACGGGUUCGAUGUUAAUGAUAACCAGCCCGAGACCAUCAUGGUUCACAUUAUAGCAAAUUAUAAUUCACUGACAGUCAAAACAUAUAGAGAAUAUACCUGGAACAACAAACAUUCCAUGCCAAAUCCGUUUGUGGGAGGAAUAGCUCAUAAGAUUUCAAUUGUUCCAAGAGAGACCGCAAUGGAGGUACUGUUUGAUGAUGAAUUGGCUGUUCAGUAUGAACAUCUUGCUAACCCAAAUACUGCAAAACAACUUGUGUUCUGGUCAUAUGGAAAUACAAUCAUUGACGUUUAUAAUAUAACUUACAUAACCAAUUAAUUUUACAGCGUGUAUAUUAUACGCAAUAUAUUUGUUUAUUAUAUGAACCUAUUCUGAGUGAACUUUUUGGACAUUACCAAGUAUUGUAAAAAGUAUGUUGAAACUGUUUCGUCACAAACACGUUAAACGUUUUUUCAUUACAUGACCUCUUCAAUUUAAAGAUUCUUUUUUAAGUAAGUCUUUUCCCACU